AUGGAUGACUUAUAUGACUCGCGAGCGAAAUAUGACCAGGUGGAGUUGCUGGCUGCUUUACAAGCAUAUCUGCUCUACACAAUGAUGCUUUUCUUCCAUUAUCACACCAAAGACGAGUUCGUCAAUACAGAUUUCAUGGUCAAAUUGCAAGAUCUGGCUGGAGAUGUUGUCGGGAAAGGCACAGUGUGCUUGACCGACACCACCUUGAGUCCUCAAGCCUGGGAGUCGUGGAUCAUGGCGUCCGCUACUCAACGAACAUUAUUCGUGCUGUCACUUUUCGACAAUCUGGUCAAUUUCACUGUUGGUUCACCGUCAUUCAUUGCCACCGAACUAGCUGAGUUGCUGGCUCCUGCCAGUAAACGGCUUUGGAGUGCGAGCACCCGCGAGAUCUGGAAGAAGGCUUACGAUCAAUACCGUCGCGAGUGGAGUUUGGGUGGCCAGUUUCUCAUCAGCGAACUCUGGGUUGCAGACGGACAACGUGAUGUUGAAGGGCGGAAACGAAUCGAAAGGUGGUUGUCGGGUGUCGACGAGUUUGGAAUGAUGAUCUACAGUGUCACUUCGCAUACCUAUGGUUGA